CUCGCGAGAUCUGGCAACAUGGUUCCGCCGAUACAGCAGCUGUUUGACAAGGCAGACUCGGGGUCAAAGUUCAAAAUGCAAAAGUUUUUACGGAUUGUUGGUUAUAGCGUCCUUUUUUCAACCACAACGUUAUUUAUUUUACUGUGUGUCAGGACAUUAUCACUGGACAAAAAUGUCGGACUGCAACUCGCACACUGGGAGAAGACCAAGAACAUCUCGCUCGCCAUAGACCACGAACUAAGAGAUGAGCUGCUGGACAAUUUAAAAGAGGGUAUCAGGAUCCCCACCGUGUCUUUCACCGAGGAUGACAUCAACACCACCGCGCUGCUGGAGUUCAACGCCUUCCUACAGAAAGCCUUCCCAACAGUUUACUCUUCAAAAUUGGUUCGCCAUGAGUUAGUUGCCAACUACAGUCACCUAUUUUGGGUGGAAGGUUCCGAUCCGAACUUGAUACCUUACCUGCUGCUGGCUCACAUUGAUGUGGUACCUGCGUCUGAGUCAGAUGACUGGGAUGUACCACCAUUUUCUGCCCAGGAAGUGGAUGGUUUCAUUUAUGGAAGAGGAACUUUAGAUGACAAAAGCUCUGUAAUGGGAAUUCUUCAGGCGUUGGAGUUCUUGCUAAGAAAAGGCUACACUCCACGCCGAGGCUUUUACAUUGGCCUUGGCCAUGAUGAAGAAGUCAAAGGCAACCAAGGAGCAGUGAGUAUAGUGAAUUGGAUGAAACAGCGUGGGAAGCAGCUUUUGUUUGUUCUCGAUGAGGGCAUGCUUAUCACCGACAGUCUACCCAUUGACGGACCUGCAGCACUCAUUGGCAUAACUGAGAAAGGCUCAGCCACUGUAAAACUUAGUGUGUCUGUACCACCCGGUCACUCCUCAAUGCCCCAAAGGGAGACCUGUAUUGGAAUCUUGGCCUCAGCAGUCAGUAGAAUAGAAGCCAAUCAGAUGCCGAGGUUAUUUGGGUAUGGACCUGAACUUAGAACAUUUGAACACCUUGCACAUAAGUUCAGUUUCCCAAUGAACAUCCUGAUGUCAAAUCUGUGGCUGUUUUCUCCACUUAUUGGCCGAGUACUGGAAAAACAACCACAUACUAAUAGUUUUGUAAGGACAACCACAGCGGUUACUAUGUUUAAUGCAGGAAUUAAGGUAGUGUUCAUAGAAUAUCAGGUUCAACGGUCAAAAAAAACAAACAAACAAACUCAAGGUUGCAUAAAAAUUAAAAUGUAUCCGUCUUACAAUCUUAAGGUUAAUGUCAUCCCUUCACAUGCUGAAGCUGUUGUCAACAUGAGAAUCCACUCUGCACAUUCAUUAAAAGAGGUACUUGAUCAUAUAGAGUCCACUGUGGCAGAUGAGCGAGUGAAGCUCGAGCUGAUUGAAGGGUUUGAACCGUUGCCUGUCAGUUCUACUGACGAAAAGUCCUUUGGUUUCCAGAUCAUUAAGAAAACUGUCUUGGAGCAGUUUCCCUCAGUAACAGUUGCUCCAGGUGUCUGUGUUGGAAACACGGACAGUCGACACUUUAAUGACCUCACUUCAGAGAUUUAUCGUUUCAUACCAGCCUGGUUACAUUCAGGGGAUUUUCUGAGAAUCCACGGCAACAAUGAAAGGAUAUCCAAGCAGAACUAUGAGGAGUACGUAAUGUUUUACUCCAGUCUGAUUCAAAAUUGUGAUAUUCAGAAGCUUCCUGAGCUUCACAGUUUUGACCACGAUCUCUGAGGAAAUUGCAGGUACAUUUUAAACUGCACGAAUCACAGACACUAAGAAUAUAGGGGUGCAGUACCAUUUAAUCAACACUCAAAAGAAAGCCUCGAUUUCUUGUCUAAACGUAGUAGCCGUGUGUUGACGUUUUAAAUGUUUACAUGGUCGGAUGUCAUUUUGAAAAUCUAUUUCAAUUUUCUUCAUUGGUUUGAUUUAACAAUGCUGCACAUUCAGUCUUAUUCAAACUUGUUGAAUAAACACUUUGUAAAUAUUGUUUAAUAAUUGAAUAUAAUGUUGGGCACAGUGUGACAAACACUUUAUACAGUAUUAAUAAAUGGGGAUUUUAAAUCAGA